CAAGAGUUGAACCUCAGCAGAGCUUCACUUCCAGCAAUAGACUGAGAAAGGGACUUUAUAGGCAGCAAUGCUGCCUGUAUUCUGAUCAGGGAGAAAAUGUUUGUAGAAUUGAACUUAAAUAGCAAGCCAGUUUUGUAAAGUUUUAUGUAGGAUUGUUACAUUGGUUUUUUAUCUUUUCUUUUUUUUUCUAUUCCAGACUCUUUGUUUCCGAGUUUAAAUGCAAAAUGCGUCCGCUAAAUGAGAGCGCCUUUGCUGAUGCGCACGAUGUUCCGCGGGAUGAGGGUCUGGCCCGGGUGGAGAUCGCGCUGCUCGGUGUGAUCUUUGUAGUCGCAUCCAUCCUCAACACCGCCCUGCUGCUGGUCCUCUGGAAGCAGCGCAAGCAGAUGUCCCGCAUGCGCGUCUUCGUCUUCCACCUGUGCCUGGCGGACCUGGUGGUCGCCUUUUUCCAGGUGUGCCCCCAACUUAUAUGGGACAUCACGGACCGGUUCGUCGGACCCGACCUGGUGUGCCGCCUUGUGAAGUACUUACAAGUCCUUGGCAUGUUUUCCUCCACCUAUAUGAUCGUUGUGAUGACUGUGGACAGAUACCAAGCCAUCUGCAAUCCGAUGGUGAAGUUUCAGCGGGCGCGCACAAGACUGAACGUCCCCGUGUGCGUGGCAUGGGGGGUUUCUGUCGUGGGCAGCUUGCCGCAGGUUUUUAUUUUCUCCCAAGUGGAGGUCGCACCCGGCGUGUUUGAUUGCUGGGCGGAAUUCAUCCAGCCGUGGGGGCUGCAGACUUACAUCACCUGGACCACUCUGGUCAUUUUCAUCCUGCCAGUUUCUACAGUUGUUGUUUGCCAGGUGCGCAUCUGCAGAGCCAUCCAGACUAACCUGGCCAAGAAGACACGCAAGCAGGGAGUAAGCGUCGGUGUCCCGCUGCCAUCUAGAGCCAGUGGAGUGGCCGGGAUGUCUAAAGCCAGGGUGAAGACGCUGAAGAUGACAGUGGUCAUUGUACUUGCGUACAUUAUAUGCUGGGCUCCCUUUUUCACCGUCCAGUUGUGGUCCGCCUGGGACGCACAUGCGCCUAAAGAGACUGCUAUUUUCACUAUCCUGAUGCUGCUGUCCAGCCUGAACAGCUGCGCCAAUCCCUGCAUCUACCUUCUUUUCUGUGGGGAGAUCCCAAAGAGGCUGGUGAAGCUCCUGUGUCCACGGCCACUUUCUGCUGCAGUCAUCAGGGGACCAAAUCAGGGAUGGAUGGCCAUAAAUGAAAUUUGGACAGAGCCAACUUCAGAUGUUGGUCUGAAGGUGACUUCACUUAGACGAAAUAUUUUUGACUACAAAAAGACUAUAUGGUAUGUAACAUAAUAGAUUAUUUCUCAAACCUGAAAGAGACUGGACCUGGAUUAGCUGAACUCUUAUUUUUAUUUUCAGCUGUACAGUGAUUUAUUAUUUCUUUUAUACAAAGGUUUGUCAAGAUUACCACAAUUACAACAAAUCAUACCCUAGUUCCUGGAGCUUAACUCUAAAUGGUAAUCAUAUGUUGGGUCUGUUUCAUUUUUCAGUGAAAAGCUUUUCUUCAGAGGAAAAUACAGAACAAAAGUCUUUCUAUGAAUGCACAGAAAGGUUAGAUGUUUUUGUCCUGAAAAAAAUAUGAAUAGGUUUGUACAUGUUUGUUGUGAUGAAGGUGGUUGUACUGAACAACUGACGAAUAAAGCUUUAAAGCCACAA